AUGAGUUUAAGUCGUUUGGGUGGUGUUCUGAAGUUUGAUUCGGUGAAAGUUAGUCAGUGUAGUGCAUUAGUUGCAAAACUAUGGGGACCUUGUAUUCGGGAAGUUAGCACGAGCAGUUCAAAUCGGGCUGUUGCACAACACAACAGUAAACCAGAUUGGAAUAGGGCCGUUAGCGAGGCUGAGAAGAUCGUUGGCUAUCCGACCUCCUUCCUCAGCCUGCGAUGGGUGCUCAGUGACGAAAUUGCGAACGUCGCUUUGCACUUACGAAAACUCGUUGGAAGCAACCAUCCAUUGCUCAAAACCGCAAAGAAUCUUAUAUAUAAUGGAAAGAACAACAUGCAAGCGUGGGGGCUGAUAGUAUUGCUGGUCUCCAAGGCUGCGGGCCAUAGCCCGGAAAUACCGGAUAUGGAGCAGGACAAAGCAGCGGGAGUGUUGCACAGCCAGCGCGCUCUAGCGGAGGUGACGGAGAUGAUCCGUACAUCUCACUUGGUCCACAAGGGUCUGGUCAACAUGAACACGAGACUCGGUCCUGGCGAACCUGAUGAUAUGAUGUUUGGGAACAAGAUCGCUUUACUCAGUGGGGACUACCUGCUAGCCAACUCCUGUACUGAACUGGCUAAUCUGAGGAACCAAGAAUUGGUGGAGCUUAUGUCUUCAGCUGUCCGAGAUUUGGCGGAGGCUGAAUUCUUAGGAGAGAGAGAUGAACAGAACAACCCGCUGCCAUCACGACCACUGCCUCUACACCAGAGAGAAGAGGCUUCAGAGUGGGACUGUAUUCUGUCUCCGCUGCCUAUGUCUGGUGUGUCAGGAUGUAUGGGCAGAGAGUGGAGCGCGAGGCAUGUACUAGCGGCCGGAGCACUGCUUGGGAAGAGCUGUUCGGCCGCGCUCAAGCUGGCUGGACAUGGACAGGGGCUGCAGACACAGGGUUAUCUAUUCGGUUGUCACCUAGCGUUAGCGUGGCAGGCGUUCCUUGACUUAGAGGCGUUUUCUGGUCCAGAGCCCGCGUACUUCUCACUCGUAGGAGCUCCCCUCGCCUUCACACUUGAAGAACGUCCCGAGCUGUACCGGUAUAUAGAGGCUGGGAAAAGGAGCGUUCACGACGUGGACUAUCACGCGCUGUACCAGGCCGUCCUAGAAGGCAGCGGUAUCGAGCAGACGAAACAUCUCCAGAACGAACACGUGACGCGCGCCAGGGAGGUGCUUGAAGCCUUCCCUAACUGUGACGCGCGGACCGCGCUCACUAACAUCAUAGUGGCCAUGUUACCAUAA